AUGGUGUCCUCUUUCUCUGAGGCUCAGUCGUUUGCGGACAUGAUUCGCUGCAAGCCAAACCAUACACAAUGCAGAAUGUAUGAAGACUCGCCACGUCUCUUACAGGCCGACGCUGAUCGUGCGGCCGCCGAAGCGCGCGCGGCCGCGGACGCGCGGGCUGCCGCGGCUGCCGCGGACCUCGUCAGCACGGAGCAGGCCCCGCCGCCUGCGCUCGCGCCCGGGCAGCCUGCGCCUCCGCCCCAGGCCUCCGAUGCUGCUCAGCUCGAGCAGAGCUUGGUCAGGGCGUGCGUCACCGCCAUUCGCCGGGCGCUGCCGACACCGCAGCAGCUGGACCUGGCGGCGAUCGUACAGGCCGUUAACUCGGGGAUCGCGUCCGGGGACACCAUGGCCACGUUUGUCGCCGCCACGGACGACAUCGUCGUUGAGCUCCAGCGCAUCGCUGAAGCUGUCGACGCGGCGCCCCCAGAACAGGUCCCGGAUAAACUCGCCGCCAUGGCAGACUACAUCGAGACAAACCUCACCGACCGUUUGCGGCCAGGGUCCGCCGCCUCGAAGAGAAGCUCGAGACUAUGGCCGAUCGCCAGCAAGAGAUCCUGA